AUGAAAUCGAAUACUAAUGCACAAAACCGUGAAGGCAUUUGUUAUCAGUCGCAGAGUGGGUUAGAUAUUGGGACAGAAUUUGUUGAUCAGCCAGUUCCAAAAAGUUCUAUAGCUAAAGAUGAGACUGUAGUAGCUGUCUUCUUCAACCUCAAAAAUACAGGUUUUGGGCAUUCCUGUGAAAUAGUUCAAAUCGUUGUCAAGUAUAACGAUACUGAGUAUAAUGUAUAUAUUCUUCCAACAAAAGGAAUCCCUCCCAGUGCAUCGGCUGUUACUGGCCAUACUACAAAAGGUGGAAAAUUAUUCUUAUUAGGAAUUAAAGUUGAGACUAUAUCUGCUAAGUUCGCUGCAGAUGGACUUUUAUCUUUUUUAAAGUCAACAAAACAAAGAGUUAUUUUGACAGCACACAACUGUAUAAGAUUUGAUGCUCCGUUAAUUAUUAGACUAAUGAAACAGGUUGGAUUAUUAAUAGAGUUUAAAAAUAUAGUUAGUGGAUUUUGUGACACGUUACCAUUAUUUAAAUCAAAAUUACCUGAACGAAAAUCCGAAAUAUUAAGUUUUAAACAAUCUGCAUUAGCAGAAAAAUAUUUACAAGCAGAUGAUUUGAAAGGUGCUUAUAAUGCAAUUAACGAUGUAUCGGUUCUUCAAAAAUUAGUUUAUCACGCUAAAAUUAGUAUCACUCACGAUGAGCUUAAAUUAAAUACAGUGACAAUAAAUUAUAUUGCAUGUUUCUAA